AUGGGAGAGUACAUAGCCGAUGAAGACUACGACUAUCUCUUCAAACUAGUCUUGAUCGGAGACUCCAGCGUCGGAAAAACAAACCUUUUGUCUCGAUUCACCAAAAAUGAAUUUAGUAUCGAGUCAAAGGCUACCAUUGGUGUCGAGUUCGCCACGAAAAGUGUUCAUGUCGACGAGAAAAUCAUCAAAGCUCAGCUUUGGGACACCGCCGGUCAAGAAAGGUACAGAGCAAUCACGAGUGCAUACUACAGAGGAGCAGUGGGGGCUCUUCUAGUAUACGACAUAACUCAACAUGUAACGUUCGAGAACGUUGAACAAUGGCUCAAAGAGCUUCGUGACCAUACCGAUGCCAACAUCGUGAUCAUGCUUGUUGGAAACAAAGCUGAUCUUCAUCACCUUCGUGCAGUUCAAGAGGACGAAGCUAAAUCUUUCUCUGAAAGAGAGAACAUGUUCUUUAUGGAAACAUCUGCUCUUGAUGCUACAAAUGUUGAGCAAGCUUUCACUCAUGUCUUGACUAAGAUCUGUCGUGUUGUGAGCCGUAAAGCUUUUGAUGGCACUGGAGAUCCGACGUCUUUGUCUAAAGGACAGACCAUUGAUUUAGGUAGCAAAGAUGAUGUUUCUGUUGUUAAAUCAUCUGGUUGUUGCUCAGGCCGAGAUUAUCUGAAUUUAUAGUUUUG